AUGUACUACUAUUCUCCAAUUGUCUUCUUGAAUUUCUUCUUGAUUUCGAUUUCAUCUGGAACUUCAGCGGAGAAAGAUCCAUUUCCAAUCCCGAAAAAUUUGGAGACUGAUGAAUUAUUGUUGGCGCUGGAAGCUGAAGUUACGCGAACUAUUCGGGAAGAAUUAUCAGCUACUGAUGAUGAGCUUCAGAAUCUUGAAGGUUCGGGGAAUUAUCCAGUACCAACUUCGACCACGACUUCUACGACAACUCAGAAGCCUACAACGACAACCCAGAAGCCUAAAAUCAAAAAGCCCGUGAGCCCUUCAAAAUGCAUCCAUGAUCAAGAAUGCUUCAAAGAUGCUGAAUGUCCGGGAGGUGGGAAAUGUUUUGGAUCGGAGCUUGGAAUUUGCGAUUGUAACGCGUGUGUGACGAAUCGGAAGUGUGAAAAUGAUGGGGAUUGUGGAGGAUUGAAUUAUGCUUGUGAUAAGGAGACGGGACUUUGUGAUUGUGUUAAGGUGGGGGUUUUGGGGGGCUUUAGAAGGGGUAGACUCUGAAAAUCGGGUCCAAUUUAGGCUUAUGUAAAAACUCCCGGAUUUUUGAAUGAUCUGAGAAACCGCUAGAUUUUCGGAAUCCAGAAGAUCAAACAUCUGAAUCUGGAAAUAACUUUUUUUUCUGAAUUUUUUUUUAAAUUUUGAAUUUUAAAAAUGAUUUUUUCAAAAAAAAAAACAAAACAUUUAACUUUGUGAAUUUGAAUUCUGACGAAAAAUAAGAACAUAUUUGAUUUCGGUAUCUCAAAAAAUGCUCAUUUUCCUAACCCACAAAAAAUACGUUUCAAAAUUAUUUGAAAAUAUCCAGUGAGCUUUGAAUUUUCAAUAGCAGUGCUGGUUUGAAAACCAAAAUACAACAAAAAAUCUCUGGAAAUCGGGUCCAAUUUAGGCUUAUGUGGAAAGUCUCGGAUUUUUGAAUGAUCUGAGAAAGCUCUAGAUUUUCGAAAUCAAAAAAUAUCUGAAAAAUACAUAGUUUAUGAACUUUCAGAUCCGGACUCUAAAUUUCGAAUCAGUUUUUUUUUUCUGAAAUAUUUUUAGUGGUAUUUUUCAGCAGUUAUGAUUCAGAUAUUUCAAAAUUAAAAAUGAUUUUUUUCAGAAAAAAAUUGAACUCUGUAAAUUUGAAUUUGAACUCCGGAAAAAUUUGAGAAAUUUUUCUGAAUUUUUUUUCUGAAUUUUUUCCCUCCAAAAAUACGUUUCAAAAUUAUUUGAAAAUAUCCAGUGAGCUUUGAAUUUUCAAUAGGCUUGCUUCUGUUGUUUCAUCUAAAAAAUUCUAUUUUCCAGGCAUUCCACACUCACGGCUACAACCUCUUCGUCAAAGUUCUCCUAACCUUCUGCCACCAAACAAAAUGCACCAAAUCCACCAACAAUUGUUAUGGUUUACCAUGCCGUGUUGGCAAGUGUAGAUGUCCCUCGAGUUCGAAUCCCUCAAGUCUACCAGUUCACUAUUUUACAACCGGAAAAUAA